AUGGAGAACAUCACCGUGGUGACAGAAUUCAUCCUAAUGGGCCUUUCUGAUCUCCCAGCUGUCCGCUUCUCCCUCUUUGCUGCCUUUUUGCUCAUUUACCUGGUCACCCUGGUGGGGAAUGGCACCAUUCUUCUUGCCAUAGGAGCUGACUCCCACUUGCACAACCCCAUGUAUUUCUUCCUGACUAACCUUUCCCUGCUGGACAUCUUCUGCCCCACAGCUACGGUACCCAAGAUGCUGGAGAACCUCUUGUCAGAGAGAAAUACCAUUUCCUUUGUUGGUUGUGUGCUGCAGCUCUACUUCCUGGUAGCCUUGGCAGGGACAGAGGUCUUCCUCUUAGCUGCCAUGGCUUAUGACCGCUAUGUGGCCAUAUGCAACCCUCUGCGAUACACGGUCGUCAUGAGCAAGAAGCUUUGUCUUCAGAUGGCUGCUGGUACAUGGCUCACAGGGUUCCUCAACUCCUUGCUGCACACAGUCAUGACCUUUACUCUACCUUAUUGCAAAUUGAACAGGGUCAAUCAAUAUUAUUGUGACAUCCCUCCAGUCUUGGCCUUAUCAUGUGCUUCCUCCUAUGCAGCUGAGAUGGUUGUACUCAUUGUUGGUGGGAUUUUUGGUGUGGGGGCUUUUCUGGUGACGCUGGUCUCCUACAUCUACAUCAUCUCCACCAUCCUUCGGAUCCGUUCUUCCGAGGGGAAGCGCAAGGCCUUCUCCACUUGCGCCUCCCAUCUUACGGUGGUGUGCCUCUUCUAUGGGACGACCAUCUUCACUUACAUAAGGCCUUCCUCCAGCCACCAUCCAGAUCAGGACAGGCUGGUGAGCAUGUUGUAUGGGGUGAUAACCCCCAUGUUGAACCCCUUGAUCUACAGCCUCAGGAACAAGGAGGUUAAAGGGGCUUUGAGGAGGGUCAUUGUUCAUAGCCGGCUCGUUGGUCUAAGACAGGCAUAG